CCGGACGGUGAUCAGACGCUGCAGAAGAUUUCCUUCCACCAUGAAAAACGUCGAUGUAAAAACCAUCCGGGAUCGUUUUCAGACCGGAGCCGCCCCGGUGGAAGUGAGUGGUGCAGUUCGUCCCAAACCCUCCGUCCACCAAACCCUCUCGGGUCCCACGAUGCUGCCCAAAAAGCCGGCGCUGGAGGGGAACCACUUCGGCAGCUCUGCCGCGUCUCCGGCAGCCAGCGCCUCGUCCGUCCUCAAACCCAGCUACCUGAAGAACGUCGCCUCCAACAACAGCGCCCCCGAGCUCCUGAAGCCCAAAGACCUCAUGAGCCGGUUUGAAAAUGCGCAGAGCACAAACGCCAACGACGGCAAACCUCCAUUCGCCAAAACCGCCAAACCGAAACCUCCGGAUCUGAACAAGGACGGUGACUCGAAGCCCGUGUUUCCUAAACCGCCGCUGCUGAAACCGGUCGGCGCUUUGCCGGAGACCAAGCCUGCGUUCCCCAAACCUCCGUCUACCCUAACCAAACCCUCCGCCAUCAGCAAAUUCGAACCGAAACACGAGAGCGCGUCCUCGACGGGGGCGCCGGCGAGCGCCGCCACGCCGAAAAUACCGGCGGCUCCCAAACCGAAGAGCACGUUGUCCGCGCUCAAGCAGCAGCCGGGAGAAGCCAAGGACGAAAGUCCGGUCCCGAAAACGCCCCAGAGCUCCGUCUCCGCCGUGAAGCAGUCCAGCUUCCGCGCCGCCCAGAAUCUCUUCAACAAGGCAGAGGAAGCGGCGAAGGAGGAUUCCAGAUCGCCGAGCGGGAAAGAGUCGCCCGGCACGGCGCCCCGAGCCAUCCCGAAGAAACCCAGCUACAAAGGAAAGCCCGCUCCGUCUGACGACCCGUCGGCACCUAAACGGAACCCGUUACCCAACAUUUUGGCCCUUGGAACUCCACCGAGCAAGCCCAACAGACCCCCCAGGGUUAACAUUGAGAAGUUUAAAAAGGCCGCGGAAACAUCCAGUGACGUAUCUGAGAUAAAGAAGCCGGUUCCUCCUCCACCUCCAGCGUCUCACCCGGUCAGUCAGCCAGCGCCAGCACUACCCCCGGCCCUGCCCCCAAUUCUGCCCCCGACCCUGCCCCCGACUCUGCCCCCAACUCUGCCCCCGUCUCUGCCCCCUCGACCCACUGGACCCUCGUCUCAGGGGGAGGAUGAAUACGACGACGUGGGAAACUCAGGACAGCAGUUCGAGGAUGGUGAGGAGACGUAUGAAGAGCUGGACUGCAGUCCUGUCGGGGUAAAAGAACAGGAGAAGAAACGUGAGAAGGAAGAUAAGAAGCGAGCAGAACAGGAGAAGAAAGAACAGAAGGAGCGAGAGAGGAAAGAACAAGAAGCCCGAAAGAAAUUCAAACUGACCGGUCCACUUCAGGUCAUCCAUAAAGGAACAGCGCGAGUGGACUGCAGGGGCAUGAAGAACGACCUCAGCCUAAAACAGGGCGACUCCAUCGAGAUCAUUCGCGUGACGGACAACCCAGAGGAGCGAUGGCUCGCCCGGAGUCAGGACGGGUCGUACGGAUUUGUUAAGAUCGGAUCGAUUCUUAUCGAUACGGACUCACUGAAGAAGAAGGUGCAGCCUUCGCCCAUCACUGACGGAGACGUGUACGAUGAUGUGGGAUCUCAUGAAGAGGCCGUCAGGAGCAGCAGUGGUCCAGGAGUUGUUCUGCCUCCACCACCAGAGGGCGACGUGUACGACGAGGUGGACGACCCCAACCUCAACAUCAGCCUGGAGUUCAGGCUUCACCCAAAACCUCUCAGCUUCUUACGAAGGGUAAAGGCCCCGCCCGAGAGGAGAAAAAGCCCCGUCAGCACUGACCAGGUUCCUCCUCCUCCACAGUUCAGCCCCGAGGGAAAUUCAGCACCCGGUGAUCAGGAUGUUUAUGACGACGUGGGUACCUUCCCCAGCCCUCCUCCCAUCAGCAGUAUGCCGAAGCAGGUGAAACACGAUUCAAAGACGCAGAAGAAAUUCGAGAAGGAGGAGAAGGAUUUCAGGAAGAAGUUUAAGUACGACGGCGAGAUCCAGGUCCAGUACAAAGUGACAGUGGAGAACAGUAAGAAAGGCAGCGGGAAGGAUUUGACCGUCCAGGCCGGGGAGACGCUGGACGUCAUCAGCAGCUCCGAUCCUGAUAAACUCAUCUGCAGGAACAAAGAUGGAAAGUUUGGAUACGUCCUGACGAGCUGCAUCCAGUCUGAGGAUAACGACAUCUACGUCGACGUUGAAAACGACUGUAUCUACGAUAACGACUAAGGAUGGUCGAACCCUCGUGACGCAGAGGACUCUCUCAGGAGUCCCGGCUGGUUUUAUUUAUUGUGUGAACUGUAUAAAGACAAAACGAAGCGACCCAAUCACCUGAUCCGAACCAUGAGCAGCGUGGUGCACGUAAACAUUUGGGGGGGGAAAAUGCAGCCAAACUAAAAUAUAACGGGCGUGGCUUUAAAUAACGAGACUGACACGAGUCUUGACCGUUGGAAUUUGUACCCAUUCAGUCAGAUGAGCGGUUAAGGUUGGGAUGAACUAGAAAGUCGACUGCGAGUCAGGCCUUCUCACUCACUCACUUUCUUAACCUCUUAUCCAGUUAGGGUCGCAGGGGGGUGCUGGAGCCUAUCCCAGCUUUUCAAUGGGCGCAAGGCACACAGUAACACCCUGGGCGGGGCGCCAGUCCAUCGCAGGGCAGAUACACACACACACACACUCAUUCACCGAUAGGCCAAUUCAGUGUCUCCAAUGAACCUGACUGCAUGUUUUUGGACUGUGGGAGGAAACCGGAGCUCCCGGAGGAAACCCACGCAGACACGGGGAGAACAUGCAAACUCCGCACAGAAAGGACCCGGACCGCCCCGCCUGGGGAUCGAACCCAGGACCUUCUUGCUGUGAGGUGAGCCACCGUGCCUCCCUCAGGCCUUCUCAUCUAACCAUUUACAGUACAGUAUUUACAGUACAGUACUGUGACAGUAUACUAUCUAAGCAAUUGAGGGUUAAGGGCCUUUCUGAAGGGCCCAACAGUGGCAACCUGGCAGUGGUGGGGCUUGAACCUGCUUCCUUUUGAUUACUAGUCCAGUACCUUAACCACUACCCUACAACUACCUACAAUCAAGUCGAUUGAUGUUAGACGAGCUUCUACUUCAUCUCAACCUUGACCGCUCCUUUGACUCAAUGGGUACAAAUUCCACAGACACACUCCGAAAUCCUAGGGAAGGUCUUUUCAGAGUACAUAGUGGUGCCCACGGUUUUAAAACGUCUAACAAGCUCAUGGUCAGGUGUCCAUAAACUUUUGGCCGUGUUUGUAGCACCAGUACCUCCAGUAUUUUUAUCUUUAUAGUUCCAGUCUCAGUUUGAAUAAAGAUUUAAGAAAGAUUAAAAGAAUAAACAAACUA